CGCCCGCACCGAUGCUAUUGCUAUGUCCGUGUUAUGAAGUGGCUGGGGGUGGCGCUGUGGUUACUGCUCCCGGUGAUAUCCCGGGGUGAGCCCAUCACCAUCACGGUGGGGACAGUGUCCGUCAUCACCGGGAUCAUCUCUUACUAUGGGCUCCAUAACUACUUGUGGGGCAGCAGCCGGAUGGAGGGAGCUGUCAACGUCACAGCUCUGCAGGUGGACUUCGACCAGAACAUAUUCGGGCAGCACCUGGCCAAGCACGUGAUCCUGAAGGCCGUGCCCCGAUUCCUGAGCAAUGAAAACCCUAAGAAACCCCUGGCGCUCUCCUUACACGGCUGGACCGGAACCGGCAAGAACUACAUCAGCCAGAUCCUGGUCCACAACAUUUACUCGGAGCCCAUGAGGAAGAAGUGCGUGCGGACCAUCGUGGCGACGCUUCACUUCCCGCACGCCAAUCGAAUUCAGGAAUACAAGGACCAGCUACAGACCAUGGUUAAGAGCGCGGUGAAAGACUGCGAGCGCUCAAUCUUCAUAUUUGACGAGAUCGAUAAAAUGCACCCAGGCCUCAUCGACGCCAUCAAGCCUUUCCUCGAUUACUAUGACCACAUUGACGGGGUGUCGUACCGGAAGGCCAUCUUUAUAUUUCUCAGUAACGCAGGAGGAGAGAAGAUCACUGAGCUAGCCUUGAAAUUCUGGAGGGCCGGGAGGCCUCGAGAAGAAAUCAAAUUAUCAGACGUGGAAAGGGACGUGUAUUUAUCUGCCUUCAACAAGAAAGACAGUGGAUAUUGGCACAGCAGCCUGAUAGAUAAAAACCUCAUUGACGUCUUCGUGCCGUUCUUCCCCAUGGAGUUCAAGCACAUCAAGAUGUGCGUGAAGACGGAGCUGGAGCGUCGCGGUUUUGUGGCGGAUGAAGAAAUCACAACCACCAUCGCCAAGGACAUGACCUAUUACCCCCCCGAGGAGAAGGUUUACUCCGUGAAGGGCUGCAAGACUGUGUCCACAAAGCUGGACCUCUUCCUAUGACGCGGCCUUUGCCCCACAGACUGGUCGUACCUUGCCCGAGCGCUAAGGACGUGGCACUUUCUUAAGGCCUUUGAAGGAACUUAGAUACAUUCCUGGUGGCCUCAAUUUUUUUUAACCCCACGUGGACAGUAAUUUUGUGCGCAGACCGGUGGUUAAUGGUCUGUUGGUUUUUACAGUGAUGGAGAUGAUGUAAAUAAUAAGUAAUGAUGGAUCCGAUACCUGAGUACGGUAAUUAGAGGGCAUCUGUCAGCAGUUUUGCACCUAUGACACUGGCUGACCUGUUACAUGUGCACUUGGCAGCUGAAGGCAUCUGUGUUGGUCCCAUGUUCAUAUGUGCCCGCAUUGC